UAUUUCCUUGCUUUUUUCUCCUCUGCGAUAUGCCGGCUAGGAUCAAGAAGAAGAAUAUUCUCUCUAUAGAUGAGAUCUGUUCCAAAAUUUGUCAAAUUUUCGAUCAAGCCCAGCAUUCUGCCACCAGUCACAAGAAGAAUGUCGUCGAGCUCUACAAGUGUCAUGCGGAAAUGGCCAGCAUGAAAUUCUCUGAAGGCAAUCGAUUGUCCGGAGAGACAAAAUUCCUGGAGAUUGUUAGCGAGCUUCUAAGCCGCAUCUUUCUUUUGAAGCGCACCGAGAAAUCUGCGGAGAACAUCGUGAAGUUGUUGGGGGCGUACGUCAAAUUAAUUAAUGAAAGAGCGGUCGAGGAAUUGCGAGGAAGAGAAGAGGACCCUGUCGACGACGACUACGAGAAUGUGAAAGACGAGGAUACAUUAGCAUCUCGGUUCACUUUCGGUUUUUGUAAAUUCUUGCUCGCAGGAUUCAGAGCAAAGGACAAGAAUGUGCGCUUUAGAGUCGUUCAGACAUGUUCUGCUGUGGUAUCACACUUAGGGGAAAUUGAUGAGGGAUUGUGGAAGUCUAUAUGGAAGCAUUUGGAGGACCGUCUUCAAGACAAGGACGCUGCAGUGAGAACUCAAGCUGCUCUUGGACUCUGCAAAUUUGCUGGUGGAGAGGACCCCGACAGUGAAGAUAUACAAGUUACGCUGACACUACGCAAUGCUCUGUCGGCUGACGAUUCCGCGAAAAAUUGUUACAUAUUUCUCAAACGGAACGCCACACAAAAUAACGAAAUGGGCCCAACCCAUCCUCGCAGAAUCACCAUUGCACAACGAGAGAGGAUUGUGUGCACUGGAAUAGGCGAUCGCGAAGACUCUGUCGUAGACGCUGCCAGAGACCUUAUUGCAACGUGGUUCGAUCUUGCUGAAGAAAUGCCCGUGAAGCAAGAGGGUCCGGAUAAGGACGAGCAAGCGUCAAGCAAUGCCAAAUUUUUGGCAUUUUUGUCUCUGUUCGACUUGCUGGUUGCACCGGAAUCGGCAGAGAAAGCGCUCUUAAGCGUCUUUGAAACCAAACCUUCCGAAACCAAGCUGCUGACUUGUAAAGCUCAUCAGAUGACUCCAGAGUCAGCUUUUCUUGCUCGUGUGUACAUCGAAAGUUUGAAGAGAUUUAAGAACGAAGAGGACAAGAUGAAGAAGCUAGACCGGCUGGAAAAUUAUCUUCCUCUCGUGACUGACCAUCUCUUUCCGUUGCAAGAAACAUUCAAUGAUUGCUUCUUGUACGAAUACCGGAACGAGGAACACAGGGACAUGAAGGAGUUUUUUCUUGAGGAGAUGCUGAAAAUUACAACCCAUCUUGAUUAUGGUGACGAGACUGGACGACGGAAAACCUACGACUUAAUCAAGGCUAUGCUUAAAGAGAAUGUCCCGGAAAAUAUUCUUACGGGGUGCAUGCAGGUUCUCCCCUUCAUCACGGCGAGUGAGCGAGACCUUAUACGAGUCGUCGUCGAAUUCAUCCAGGACUUGAGAGACCCCGGAGACGAUAUUGAUGCUAUUGCACAGGAGGCCGAGGGGGAUCCCGAUGCGAGCUUUGAAAGCACGCCCAGUACGCCCGUGCGACCUAAUACACAAAAAUCUGUCCAAGAGAAGUCUACCGAGGACAAGGUUGCAAUCAACCUUAAAUGCCUGACGAUGAGUGUUGCGAUGUUGGAGCAGGUCAAUGACACGAUAAACAAUAAUUCGUCAUUGAAUGGACUGUUUAAAGAGCUCAUCCUCCCGACUGUAAAAGAGCCUUUCGACGAUAUUUCUAGGGACAAGGCCUGGACAUGUCUCGCUUUAAUAUGCCUCAUCGACCAGAAACUUGCAACAAUCAAGACAGUCGAGAUGUUUCUUCAACACUCAACUACAGCUCCAGAGGAACUGAAGAUAAUCAUUCUGCAAGGACUUUUCGACAUCCUGAUGGUUUAUCAACGCGCCAUUCUGAGCCCAGAAAAUGUCAGAGCGGUAGCUGAUAGUCUGAUUGCAAAACUGGAGGAGGAAACAUCAGCAAAAGCUCAAGAAGUAAUCUGUCAUGGACUGGCGAAACUCAUCAUGGCAGGCAUCUUCACGGAUGAACUGAUCAUUGUUCACUUGCUCAUGAUGUAUUUCUCGCCGGAAACGACCAGCAACCAACCGCUCCGUCAACUUUUGUUACACUUCUUCAAUCUUUAUUCUGCGUCGUCGCCAGCUAACAAGCGACUCGUGGCAGAGGUUUUCACUGACACCUUGCAGGAGCUUAGUAACGCCCGAAAUGAUACAUCUACCGACGUUAUGGUUUCUCCGACGCUGAUCAUCGGACACUUUAUGACAUGGACAAACCCGUACAACUUCAGAGUGAACCAAGAGACGGUUAUCACCGAGGAGCACCCUUUAUAUUGCGAUGCUGCAUCCAUUCAGUUCAUGAUGACGAUCGAUAUUGUGAAGAUCCUCUUAAAGGACACACUUGACAAGGACGACAAGAAAGCACUUUGCACGAAUAUCAGCAAAUUACAUAUACCCGACAACGCUGAUGGCAACGCUUUACGCACUCUCAAGAUGCUAUUAUUCAGGCUACAAUCACGUCAGCCGGUAAAGGAUGCUACGGCAAAGAAUGCCAUAAACAAGUUCGAGAUAGCCUUGUCGAAGAAAUUCGAAUCCCAACUCGCCAACUUCAGUGAAGAGGAGUACAGGGACCUGGAUGAGUUGAAGGAGCUCUUCACCUUCCUUGACGAACUCAUUCCAUUGGACGAUGAAGAUGAGGUCAUUGAUGUAAAGCCCAAGAGAACGCGUAAGAGGCGGUCCGAUAGUGUUACAAGCCUUAGCUCAGAAGAUACUGAAACGAACAGUCGUAAGCCAAAGACCAAAGCCAAAAAACGACGCAUCUCUGGCUCUGAUGAUGGGUCCGACUUCGAAACGGAGCGGACGGAACACACCGCACCGCCAGCGACUCGGACUCGUUCAAAUCCCAAACGAGCAGCGAUGCCUGUUUUCAUCGACUUGACCCUGGAUUCUGACGAUGAGACGGGGUCAACACCUGUUCCCCUCAAGUCCAUGACCAGAGUCAAGGUUGAAACGGCGUCAGCGGUUGAUGCUGACAUCAAUCAUCUGCUAGAGGAGGAGAUAGAAGAGAUAGAUACGUCAUCGGUCGUUGACGACUCCCUGCUCGGUCCCGCUGAUAGUGAUUCCGAAGGGGAGGAAGAUGAAGUGAAUGAUCUGUUGGCAGAUGACGAGGAUUAAUGCGAAGGGACUUGUCCUGCUAGAUUAUUGUAUUUAUGAUCUUGUUAUUUUAUGAUCUUUUCUGUUUGUAGUAUACGCAUCUAGGAGCCUAUCAGUAUAUGAUGUCAUUCGGGAACCCGG